AUGGUCGCUGAUACCAGCUAUUAUGAUGCCUUGGGCGUGCCGCCAACAGCCACGGAGCUUGAGAUCAAGAAGGCAUAUCGCAAGCUUGCCAUUGUCACUCAUCCUGACAAGAAUCCAGGCGAUGAAACUGCCCACGCACGGUUCCAGGCGAUCGGCGAGGCCUACCAAGUCCUGAGCAACGAGGAUUUACGAAAGCGCUAUGAUAAAUUCGGAAAAGAAGAGUCGGUCCCCGGCGGAGGCUUCGAGGACCCGUCGGAGUUCUUCAGCAUGAUUUUUGGAGGUGAAGCAUUCGUCGACCUUAUCGGAGAGAUCUCACUCAUGAAAGAUUUGACCGCUACGAUGGAUAUCACGAUGGAGCAAAUGGAAGAAGAGGAACUAGCCCAGUCUGCCGAAGAGAAACUCAACAUCCACGAUGAAGAGGUAAACGCUGGAAAAGAAGACACACCAGUGACAGACUCCACGACCGCAGGUUCCGCGACAAGUGCGUCCCCAUCCGCCGCUCCUGCCCACGCUCCCUCGGAAGGCUCCGGUCAUGGCUCCGGAGCCAGUACACCCCGCCGCCCCCUGGGCCAACAAGCUUUGAUGGACCGGUCCGAGGAAGAGGCACGCAUGGAUGCAGCUGGUCUGUCACAAGAAGAGAAAGAGCUUCGCAAGAAGGAGAAGAAGAAGGGUCUGUCGAAAGAGCAACAAGAGCGCCUCGCCGCCUUCGAAGAAGAGCGGAGAAAGGCUCGCGAGGAAAGAGUCACCACUUUGGCUAAUAAGCUUAUCGACCGUCUCAGCGUCUGGACUGAAACUGACAAAGGCAAGGACGUCACCCACGCGUUCGAAGAGAAGAUCCGUCUCGAGGUCGAGAACUUGAAAAUGGAGUCUUUUGGUCUGGAGAUCCUGCACGCCGUUGGUGCCACAUACGUACAGAAGGGUACUUCAUUCCUGAAGUCUCAGAAGUUCCUCGGUAUCUCUGGAUUCUUCUCACGCUUGAAGGAUAAGGGAACACUGGCUAAGGAAACCUGGACGACUAUCUCGACCGCUAUCGAUGCCCAGAUGACUAUGGAAGAGAUGGCCAAGUUGGAGGAGCGCGGAGGUGAAGACUGGACUGAUGAAAAGAAGGCCGAGUAUGAGAAAAGGGUCACUGGCAAGAUUUUGGCUGCCGCAUGGCGUGGCAGCAAAUUCGAGAUUCAGAGUGUCCUGCGAGAAGUUUGCGAUCAAAUCCUCAGUGAUAAGCGCAUUCGUCUCGAGAAGCGAGUGGAGCGCGCCCAUGCCUUGGUCCUGGCUGGUAAUAUCUAUGCUAAGGCCGAGCGUGACCCCGAGGAAGAGGGAGACUACAUGGCAUUCGAGCAGCUCAUGGCUGAAGCCAUGACGAAGAAGGGCAAGGAUGAGAAGGAGAAGGAGAAGAAGAAGAAGAAGGACAAGAAGGGCGCUAGCCACGAGUCUCACGAGCACGAGGAAUCAGAGGAGCAGCCAACGGCCUAA